GAGCGGAGAAGCUAAGGGAAAGCGAUCUCCCCGCCGUCUUACAAAUCGCGAUCCGUUAGUGACCCACAUCGCGAAGAGGACACCACAUUCAUCAGCUGGUUACAUCAUCAAUUCUUACAACACUGGAAGAACAUAAACUCCUCCACUUCACUUCACAUCACAACAUUCGUCUAUAAAGAAGACAAAGCCCAAAUCUCGAACACAGAUCACUCAAAACCCCACUGUCCAGUUUAUCUCACCCGUUUUUGAAGCACAAACAACUUCAUUCACCAUGGUUACUUUUACUCAAACAAAGGAAGUCCAGCAGUGGCACACCCUCGAAGAUGGCUUCGAUAACCUCACCCGUGGUACCGCGCCCAUGCCUACUCCCGGCCAGGACGAGGUGUUGGUAGAGAUCAAGGCUGUGUCGCUUAAUUACCGUGAUACGGAGGUAACAAACGGCGAAUACAACCACCACAAAACCCUUUCCAAGCGUUCCACGCCCCUCGUCCCCUGCUCCGACGCCCUGGGCGUCAUCGUCGCUCUCGGCCCCAACGCCGACUCCACCUGGUCCGUAGGCGACCGCGUCCUCUCCACCUUCAGCCAAUCCCACCUCACCGGGCAAAUCACCGCGCAGGACCUGGCCUCGGGGCUCGGCAAGCCUCUCGACGGCGUGUUGCAGACCUACCGCGUUUUCCCAUCCACGGGCCUCGUCCGGGUCCCGGAGUACUUGACAGACGAAGAGGCGAGUUGCCUACCCAUCGCUGCCGUAACAGCUUGGAUGGCGAUUUUCGGCAUGGAGCCCCCCUUUGGCACCUGGGCCGCCAAAGAAGAAGAAGGGAAGCAGCAGCCGUUGAAGGGAAAGACGGUGGUGCUUGAGGGUACAGGUGGUGUGGCUGUCGCGGGGUUGCAGAUUGCUAAAGCGGCCGGGGCGAGGACGAUUAUCACUAGCUCGAGCGAUGAGAAACUGCGCAGGGCUAAGGAGGAGUUGGGUGCAGAUUAUGUGGUUAAUUACAAGACUACUCCCGGUUGGGAGGAGAAGGUUAUGGAGAUUACGGAGGGCAAUGGGGCGGAUAUUAUUUUGGAGACGGGUGGGGCGGGGACGUUGUAUAAGGCGCUGGAUUGUAUUGCGUUUGGUGGGCUGAUUUCUUGCAUUGGGUAUACGUCGGGUAAGGAGGAUAAGGAGGGUGAGGGGGGCAGCAGGAUGAAUAUGAACUUGUUGGUGUUGAGGAGGAAUGUGACGCUCAAGGGCAUCAUUAAUGGUCCGAGGGAUCGGUUCGAGGAGAUGUGCGAGUUUUAUGAGAGGCAUCAGAUUAGGCCGGUGGUGGAUAGGGUAUUUGGGUUUGAGGAGGGCAAGGAGGCGAUCAAGUACUUGAGGAGCGGAAGUCACUUUGGGAAGGUGGUUGUUAAGGUCCAGUAGGAAAGGUCGAUUAAGAGUCGGAAUAUUUUGGCGUAGUUUGGAGCUGAAUGAUCCAACACCGAUCGCCAGGAUUGUAACAGUCUCCGCAAGUCACUAGUUGUUGGUGAGCUCAUAUUGGUGAUCUGC